UUUGAUUGUGCUAAUAACAUUUGUUUGCUUGGUAUGGGUCAUGUUUAAGAUGGCACGAAGCCCUGUGCAAAUGUACUGCAUAUUUUGUGUGAGCCAAGUUUCAUUCACUUUACGGCGGUAAUUUGAUACUAAAUCCUUUCGGCUCUUGUUUCGAAAGUUGUAGAUAUGGGAUGUUUUGUGAGUAAAGAAAAACUAGCUGCAAUAGCUCGAUCCAAAGACAUUGACAGGAAACUAAAGGCUGAUGGUGAGGCUUCAUUCAAAGAGGCCAAAUUGUUGCUCCUGGGUGCUGGAGAGUCGGGGAAAAGCACAAUAGUUAAACAAAUGAAAAUUAUUCAUAUGUCUGGAUAUACCGAAGAAGAAUGCAAAACCUACAAGCCAGUCGUAUUCAGCAACACUAUCCAGAGCAUGGUAGCCAUACUGAGAGCUAUGGAACAACUGCAGAUAUGCUGUGCAUAUCCGAAUGCAAUGAAUGAUAUUGCUGUGGUCCUCAAUCUUUCACGGACAGAUGUUGACGUGCUACCUGAGGAAGUAUUUGGUGCACUGAAGAGGCUUUGGUAUGACCCAGGUGUUCAAACAGCUGUUAAUAGGUCUCGAGAAUUUCAACUGAAUGAUUCUGCAUCAUACUUCCUUGACUCGUUGGAUAGGUUGUCAAGUCCUGGUUAUAUUCCAACACAACAGGAUGUCCUUCGGACUAGAGUCAGAACGGGUGGAAUUGUAGAAACCCACUUCUCUUUUAAGGGAUUAAGCAUCAGGAUGUUUGAUGUUGGAGGACAGCGUUCAGAACGAAAGAAAUGGAUUCAUUGUUUCGAAGGCGUCACCGCAAUAAUAUUUGUGGUUGCUAUGAGUGAAUACGAUCUAACCCUUGCUGAAGAUCAAGAAAUGAAUAGAAUGAUGGAAUCUAUGACAUUGUUUAGUUCAAUAUGUAAUAACCAGUGGUUUACGGAAACAAGUAUCGUUUUAUUUUUAAACAAGCGAGAUAUUUUCGAGAAUAAAAUAAUGAAAUCACCGUUGACCAUAUGUUUCCCAGAGUACACUGGUAAGUUUUGAAUUUUUCUAGCUUUUACUUUAUUCUGUGUUUCUCAAUCUAUACAUAAUUUUUCUAAAGGUGUAGUACAAUAUAGUGAUUUAAAAAAGUGUCAUCCUGGUUAUUAUUUCUAAAUAUCGCUUAAUUUAAAGACUUCCAUUGUAAAAAUGUUAAACCAAUCAAGACUAACAUUUUCGUAUAAAUAUUGAUGUAUAUUAGAGUAAAGCCUGUUGACGAUCUGAUUGAAAACAAUUGUUCGCUUACAUGUGUCCUAAUGUUGCUUAAUUGUUGAUGAAUACUACUGUUACCUCAGGUGUUAUGUUUUUAUUUUGCUAUUUAGUGAUAUAAAAUAUUUAUUUACAGUAAAAACCAGUCUUUCUAAAGAUGUGUAAAUUGUUAAUACUUUCUAUCUGUAAGUCAAAAGAUCGGAUGUAACAUCAAAGAGAUUUUUAAAUUUUCCUUAUUAGCCCUAACUAAUAAAUUGGUUUGAUUUUGUUUGGAGUGUGAGAUGGUGGGGAUUUGUAUCUUAGGUGGAUGGUUUUGGUGGAGUGUAUCGGAAAUUAAACUGAGUGAUGUUGUUAUGAUAUCCUGUUGGGUCAUAACACUGCACUAUCUCACCAAUUUAGAUAAUGAGCAAUACAGACUACUGUUAACGAACUUACCAAAUUCAUUUGCUUACUCUGCAUUCAGACACUACAUUAUUCUUGAGUCUAUACGAGUAAUACAAAGUUGGUAAACUUUUCAUCAAAUUUAUGAAAACGACUUCAAUUUUUUACUUAUUUAAUUGCUAUCCGAUCGUUAAACAUAUACAUAUACGUAUCCUAGUAAACUAUAAAGUUCACUGUGAAAAGACCGGUCAUGCACUUCCUGGUAUAGAAACUUAGACCGAUGAACAUUUGUUCCAGGUCCUUCGUUGCUCAUCACUAGUUCCAUCCAGUUUCUCUAUCACUUCUCUAAAAGACUCUAAAACAAACCUUAUCAAACAUAUUUUGAAAAUCUAGUAAAGUCUAGUCUUUUGACUAGUUUAAGUGAAAAUCUGUUACAAAUAAUAUAAAGCGAUGUUUUAUCACUACUCGAUUUGACUUUAACGAUUCUAGUAGUCAGGCCUAUUAAACUCUGAACUUAGUUAGGAGGUAUGCUAGUCUUGAUUUAGUAACACUUAUUUGACUAUCGUUGUCUUCGCCUAUGUAACAGUUCUCGAAUGAAGUAUUAAUGAGUUGAAUAAUGAGCCAAUUAGUUUUGUUUAAAUUAUAGUGGCUAAAUUUGAUGAAGUAUGGGUUGUAUAUGGCUAGCUACUGUUUCGUUGAUUUUCGAUGGAGAGUGCAAUUGAUUUCUAUCUAGUUAACCCAUCAGCUUACAAAGAUUUAAGUUUUCUUCUCCUAACCACAUAUACUAUGUGGUAUGAUCGAAAAAUUUCUCGGCUUAUCGAAGAACACUUGCUUAACAUUAUGUGGUUUGCUUCAAAAUGGUUCCUGUUAGUUUGCUCACUUUCCUGAUUCGGCUUCUAACUGCGUGUAUUUAUUCAUUUUAAAGUUUAAUUCUGGUUUCUCUAAUCCUUAUACCUUAUAUCCAUAUUUUGGUUAUGACUGCCCCUUCAUACAAUUUCAUCUAAGUUUAUCACUAUGCAACUGAUGGUACUAUGUAAAUUCGAUACACUUCUUACAGCUUCUGGUAUUCCUUAAAAUUCUAGUGGAUAGCUUCGGAUCUCAGCUCUCAAGACAUUCGUUUAUUAUUUAUCCAAAAAGAGGUCAUUAUGAUUAAGUUGUUAAACGACCAAAUCAUCACUAUAAUUGAUCGAACAUAUACCUACGACAUGCACUUUACUUAGCUCUUUGUGGUCGUUUAUUUGCGUUGAAAAUCCAUUUCAUAUAUUUGAUCUUGAUUUUCUCUGAUUACGUUUUGACUUGAGGUCAGACAAUCAAUUCAAUCAACGUAGAGCCUGAAACAAAUGCUGGUCGGUUCAUGUUGUCGUAUCACAUCAGCACGACAAAAGGAAGACUAGAUAAACACUAAAAGAGUUCAAUAUAAUAAGAAAUAUUAAACAUUAGGGAUAUAAUUCAAAAAGGUAGACUAAUGUAUGAAGAGAUAUUGUAUUCUAGAUCGAGAUAAGAAAAUAUUGAAUGUAUCUGGACCAUUGUGAAUAAUUCCAAGCCAUGUCAUUCAAAGUCCCCAACCCCUAAUUGCGCUUAUCAAGUGGACCCCAACUAGUUAGUCUACGUCUAUCAACAUGACUUAAACCAACAGUCAGUGAUUUCAUAGACUGUCGCCAUUUCUUGAUUUGACUGCCUCUAGCUCUCAACCUACUUCAUUACCAAACAUUGCGCGCCGAGGUAGGCAGUGGUUAGGCAUACGUGACACCUGUUGCGAAAUCUAGCUGUAGUACGCUUCAUAUCUCAUUUUAUCUUAUUGUUUGGUCGAAAAGAUAAAAUGUUAGAGAUGUAUUAACUGUAAAUGCUAACCAAUUAUGGCAUGAUACUUUCUGGUAUAUUAUGUCUGUGGAAACUUUCUCAUAAACUCUUGUUAUCACACAAAUUUAUCAUCUCAAAAAAUGCUUUUAAGUUUUAUCAUAGAUGAAUUAGUUUUCCGUAUAUUAAAGAAUGUUUUGCACCUUUUUUUGAUUAGUCUACUUUUAUAAUUUCCAUUUACCUUCUUAAACUUCUGAUUAGGUGGGAAUAACUAUGAAGAAGCUUCAGAAUAUAUUCGAUCAUGUUUUGAAAAUUCAAACACUCGUAGUGGACCUAAAGAUAUCUAUUCCCAUUUCACAUGCGCAACAGAUACAAGUAAUAUACAAUUUGUGUUUGAUGCUGUAACUGAUGUAAUCAUUAAAAACAAUCUCAAGGAUUGUGGGAUAUUCUAAUCUUAUACAACAGAAAAUUAGUCAUCUUUUCUUAUUUUAAACUUCCUUACAAAACAGUUUUUGUAAAUUAAAUGUAGCAAUUUAUUUAUUAUAUUUUACGUAUAUUCUUUUUUUUUAACUGUUCUGUUUAACUUCCGAGUACUCAAGUGUAACAAGAAUGUAACAGCUUCAAUCCAUAUAUAUAUUUAUUGGUAUUAGUAUCUAGCUAUAUUUUCUCAGUAUAAUGAAUGCCAUUUGUUAAACACUGGCAGAAACUUAAUUUUAUCUUUGUUUUUGUUAUUUCUAGUGUUCUGUUUAAAUCCACUACUUGUAAAUAAAUCUUUGUGCUUUGUUCCACUUCAUUUGUUUUUAUUCUCAAACUCAGUUCAAUUUAUUGUUUUACAGUUGUUACUAUGACUCAUAGGUCGGGCUUGUCUUUUAUAAAGAUGCGGUCAAUACUACAUUAGUUAGAGAGGCUAUUUCAUGAAGUUAUAUCAUAAUAGUCAGGUUGGAUAGACAACGGGGAGACCAAAAUAAACAAACUUGGGGUUCGGAAGUAGAUUUGCACUUCUGAUUACAGUGCCGUGUACUGGAGUUUAGAUGUUCUCCACGGAUAAUCAUCCAUUUACUGUGAGGUUGCCUUUUAGAAGACAUAGGAAGGUUAUGAAAGGUCGAAAAGCUCAAAGGCGAACAGCUCUGUACACCAGCCAUAUUGGAUUACUUCACAAUUGAGUAUUGUUUGUGGUGUUAGCUGCUAAAUUUUCCCAAUCGAUCUGUGACUUAUUCACAUGGAUAAAAAUGUGAAUUCCCAGAACAUAAUCCUAUGUAAUUUAAUCCAUAAUGUUUAAAUUGAUAACCACUUUUAAUAAAUCAUCUUUUACUAUUGGUGUCUCCAGGGGAUUCUCGGUAAAAAGUCGUAAUUUUACUGAGUGGAAUAUUUUUUGAACUCUGCAUAAUGGAUGAAUUAAUAUAUAGUUGGUUGAAGUAUAGUGUACAAGAUGUUUUACAACUUAUAAACAAGAUUUUCCCAGUCACCUCUUCACUAGAACUGACUUUAAGCUUAAAUUAUCCUGUGUUAUUUCGUACAGCUUAAAGACUGAAACAAUAUUGGUUUAUCUACCAUCUGGCAGUGAAAAACUACGAUCUAUGAAAUCCUACAAUCUAUCUGAACUAAAAAAGAUAACUAGACAAACGCAACUGUUUAUGGUUCGAACCAGGAGGUGUGUCAUCAGUCAAUGGACAUGCAGGGGAAAAUUUUUCAUCCCUUCAUGAGCAUCGAAAACGAAAAUACGAGGUUGCAAAUUAUAUUAUCCUUGGAUGUGGCAUCGUCAUUCCUUAUUGUUUAACUCAUAGAGGUAGUCAAUAACGUAUGCAUUUGACUGAGCGGAGAAUAAGUGGGUAUGUGGUGCUUAAAUAAAUCAAUGAACAACAAAAAGAAUAUGUAUCAUGAU